AUGAGCGACCGGGCGGCAGGAGGAGCAGCCCCAACCGCGGCCCCAGCGGCGACGGCGGUUCCGGAAACAACCGCCGGUACUCCUGUCCAAGCCGAUCUUCGGGUCGCCAUCACGCCGCCCUACGCUGAAAACCUGCUCGGCUGGCGCGUCGGCGGCACCAACCAGGGCAUGCUGCAGCCGAUGCAGGAGCACCUGUUCCAACGCGACUACGUCACCUGGGAAGCAAAGCCGAUGCUGACCACGGAAUGGGAAGUGUCGGAGGACGGCCAGACCUGGCAUUUCCAGCUGCGCGAGGACGUGCCGUACCACCACGGUGACGACACUUCGGCGUUUCCGACUUCGUGUUCAGCCUCCAGCUUGUGGUCCCACCCGGAGGGCAAGGGCGCCACCGACUGGUUCCACGAACUGCUGGGACCGCAGGGCGAGUUGCGAAGCAUCGAGGUUGACGCGCUUGGAACCACCGCGGCGGUCGAAGAAGUCUCGGACAGCGAGAUGAUCUGGCACGCCGAACCGUCCCGAACUGUGGGUGCCCUUCUGGUUCUCAGACGCGACGCACGGACCCGCUGA